GACCUAGGAGGUUAGUUAUUUUAUAUUCUAUGGUUCUACUCUGUUUGUGAAGUAAUGUUGGAAAUCCUAUUAAUUCAGGAAAAUAAAAUAUUGACACCCUGAAAAUAUUUUCAGUUAAAUAUUUGGUAAAUAAAUAAAAUAAAAAUGGGGCGGCGAUCAAUAAAUACCACUAAAAGUGGUAAAUAUAUGAAUCCCACAGACCAAGCAAGAAAAGAGGCACGGAAACAAGAAUUAAAGAAAAAUAAAAAGCAACGACAAAUGGUUAGAGCUGCUGUGUUAAAAGGAAAGGAUCCACAUCAGAUCUUGGAAGAACUAGAAAAAAUCGAUCAAAUGGAGUACAAUGUGAACCAGCCAUCUCCAUUGAAUGAAAAAGUCUUAAAGGAUAAACGUAAAAAACUACGUGAAACAUUAGAUAGAGUUUUAUCUAUGUAUUAUAAAGAUGAUUCGGAAAAAUGGGCAGAUCUCAAAAGAAAACAAACAGAAUAUGAGCAUAAAAGAAAUCAAUUGGUGGUAUUCUAUGAAUCUGUGAAAAGUGCACAACAGGUUCAAGUUGAUGAAAUUCCAUUGCCUCAGCUUCCUCAGCAGCAACCUCAAAAUAGCACAGCAUCUAUACCAUUGCCAGCUGAAAAAAAACAGGAACAUACUAUUUACUCCAUUGCUACUGCUAUGAAACUACAAGCUCUUGGAAAACCUAUAAGGGAGCCUCCAGGUUGUCCACCAGGUCCUCCUCCUAUAGUAAAUGAAGAUGGAGAGGUAAUCGAUUAUGAAGACAUGACUAAGGGAGAUGAGACGGAAGAAGUAUCAAAUGAAAAUUCAAGCAAGCCUACCUCUUUACAACAGAAAAUGGUUGCUUUGUCUGGUCAAAACAUCGAUGAGUUUAUGAAAGAAAUGGAAUCGGUACAAAAAAGAGGUGAAGUGGGAAAAGAUUUACAAAACAGCAGAAAAGCGGUUGCACAUAUUGAACCUUUGAUUCCACCUGGCACAGAUCCACCUGUUGUGGUCCCUGCCCCACCAAAUCCACCUUCUAUGCCAGUUAUGUUUCCAAAUGGUGGACUCAGACUGCCUCCUGGACCUCCACCUGGUAGACCACUUCUUCCCCCAGGAUUACCACCUCCAAGAAUACCAAUACGUUUACCGCCAGCACCACCAAGACUUAUUAGAAUACCAGGCCCACCACCUGCUAUUUCAGCCUCCUCUAAUCUGCCAUUAGCAACUCCAAAUGUCCUUUCUGCGGGUCCACAACUAAUUAGUAGAUCUGAAUCUGGCAGUCAUAAACAAGGAGCUACUAUAUCUGCUAAACCUCAAAUUAGGAAUUUGAGCGCUGAUGUUACAAGAUUUGUUCCAUCUGCAUUGAGAGUUAAGAGAGAAGAUAAAAAAUCAAAUACAAGAGUGUUAGUAAAUGAAUUCAAACAAAAAGAAAUGCAUUUUCAUCAGCAGGCAAUGGCCAAACAACAUACAAAGGAUGAUGCUUACAAACAAUUUAUGCAAGAAAUGCAAAAUCUUAUGUAAAGAUAUGUUAAAAACUGUACAUAGUUCAAAAAUUGUAUAUAAUAAUGUCAAUAAAAUAAUCUUUCUGAAUA